AUGAAGAACGGCGCGCGCGCGCGCAGGGCGCCGCUUUGCGAACAGGGAGGAGCUGAGAGAUGCAGCCCUGCGAGGGUUAACCAAACCGAGCUGUGGUUCCUAGAGAGGCAGGAAGUUUUGAAAGUGGGGGAAGACCGUCGCCGACGCACCUCCAUUCGGAUUUGGAGGAAAGAGGCUCGUCGUCGGGAUUCCCAGGCGAGGAGCGGCGGGCAGGAGACGAAAGAGGCGGCGAGGUGCCACGCGGCGGGCGGCGGUGGGAGACGCGGAGCUUGCAUUUGGGGGGAAGGCUGGGGAGGGGAGUCGUCUUAAUGUUUGAGGCUGAUGCGCCCAAAUCCAGCUGCGAAAGGAGGCGCCCCCCAAGAGCUGCACUUUGAAGCCUCUCUUCCCCCUUGUUCUGGGCGACCGUGGUUUUUACGCACGCGCGGGAAGGGAAAGGCCCUUGGGUGGUGGUGGGUCACCCCACCUCCAAUUUUCCCUCUGUCACCCCACCUCCACCCCCCCCAAGCAUAAUCAACAUUUAUAAAAUGUUGUUGCUGGGGAGACCUGGCCAAAUUGGGGUGGGGUAUAAGUCAUUUUUUAUUAUUAUCAUUAUUAUUGUUAUUACUACUACUACUACUACUACUAAAUGUUGAUGCUCAUAACCCCAGAUACAUGUUGUGAAUAGCUUCAAAUUAGGUACCUAUUCCCUCCCCACUCCGCCUGUGCUUUUGUGUAAAUAAACAGCUUCUUAUGUUCCUUUGCACGUGGGAAAAUUUUCAAUGUUUCCCUCUGGGCUUGAGGGAGUGGGAAGGUUUUGAAGAAACAGGAGUGGAUAGAAUACGACAUCAGUAUAUUUUGAUUGAUUGAGGGUGUGUGUGAGAGAGAGAGAGACAAGAGAGUCCCAGGCAGGACAAUGUGGAAUAAAUUUAAAGGAGGGUAAGUGAAAUUCAUUUUAAUUAUGUGAAAAGCCGGGAAACCAAAGGGUGAAAGUCUUGCCCUCACCGUUCAGCUGAAAUGUGAAUAACUCCACUUCUCAGUUGCCCCCAGAUUGGGACUUUCCUUCCAGCCGUGUCCCAGAGAUGGCCUGGUUUACCUCUUCUUUCUCUCCCUCUCCCCCCAUGACAGAACAAUGGUAUCAGAGGCCCAAUCUGGAUCAUCGCUUGCUGGAGCUGGAGUGGAAACUUCUGCCAUGGACCCAUCUCAGGUAAGAGGCAGGUUCCUUGUGGAGACAGGCAGGGCACAGCCUGGGGCUGCGAGGUUUGUAGGAAACGUGCGCUGCCCCUUCUCUGUUGCUGCUACAAAAUGUCUAGGUGACCCAACUUAAACUAUGAACUCUUGCGUGAUGUCUACCGUCCUGCAGAAAAAAAUUAAAGCUUUCCUAGCUGGAUUUUGCAAAGCUUUCUGCCAUCGGUGUCCACUUUACAUUACAUUUUGUACAACACAGUGGUACCUUGGUUCUCAAACUUAAUCUGUUCCCGACGUCUGUCCCAAAACCAAACGUUCCAAAACCAAGGUGCACUUUCCCACAGAAAGUAAUGCAAAACGGAUUAAUCUGUUCCAGACUUUUAAAAACAACCCCUAAAACAGCAAUUUAACAUGAAUUUUACUGUCUGACAAGAUAAUUGAUCCAUAAAAUGAAAGCAAUAAUCAAUGUACUGUACUAUAAAAUAAAUAAGAUUGUAGAUGAUAACAUUUAAAUAAUUUUUUUUCUUACCUGCACUGUUGAUAGUCAUUGUUUUGAUGGGGGGCUUUUAUCCAUUUCCACAGUCACACAAUCAAUCAAUCAAUCAAUCAGUCAGUAGCUGAACUGGGUUCCACACAGUCACAAAAACAAAUUAACCAAAAAGCCUCAAAAACAAAAACGCAAAAUAUAUAGCAAAAACAAAAGCACCAAAUUUAAUCCAUUCCGGAAGUCUGUUUGACUUCCGAAAUGUUCUAAAACCAAGGCGCAGCUUCUGAUUGGUGGAGGUACCUCAGAAACAAUAGCUGAUAGCCGCAUCGGACGUUCGGCUUCCGAAAAACGUUCAAAACCCGAAACACUUACUUCUGGGUUUUCGGCAUUUCAGAACUGAGGUACCACUGUAUGUAGAACGUGAUUAAUAAAUAACAUUAUUAAUAAUAGCAAGAGCAAUAAAGCUACCAGGUUAGCCCUUUUAUUUUCACGCUGGGAGCCUGUCAGAUAUACGUUUAUUAUUUUAUCUACAUAAGAGUUCAUUUCUGAGUAGAGAAUCUAUCUUUUCCUUUCAGCGGCUGGUGUCCUUUGAGGAGGUGGCCGUGUAUUUCAGCAAGGGGGAGUGGGAUCUGCUGGGCCCCUGCCAGAGAGCUCUCUACAAGGAAGUGAUGCUGGAAAAUUACGCAAAUGUAAUGUUUCUGGGUAAGGAUGUCUUGUCCCUUGGUUGACAAGUGCUGUUGCUAAUGCAUCUUAUGUAGAUUUGGAUCUAAGAUAAAUACUGUUACAGACUGACUUAACUGAGGCAGACAGCAGCGCAACAGAACAGACCUGCUGCUCUAACUGUACCAACUGCCAUAACUGCCUCAGGCGCAUGACGUCACAGAGCUCUAAAGACCUUGUGAGCAUUAACCCUUUCCUUAGCAUUUGGAGUGCUUUCAUUUCACAGUCUUCAUGUAUCGCUUUGGAGGCUUCCCAGAGGCAGUUCGUAGGCCACGGAGGGAAUGCUGGACACCAUGUUGAGAGGUGUCCAAUAUUUGAAGUUGCUGCUGCUACUGCUACAUUAUCAAUGAACUGGACUUAAUGAACACUGGGUGCCCAGUUGCCCCGUCAUACUCAACAAGAAGAGGGUGCAACGGACUAAUCUCCCGCUACAUUUGGGAGGGGGUCAGAGCAGUGGGUGAAUUUGAAAUGCCUGAAUAUUUCGUGGUUAUUAGUCUGCCUUGUUUCUUUGAAAGAAAUUCCAAAUCAGACCUCUGGCUAGAGAAAGGGGAAGAUCCACUUCUGAGGGACUGUGAGGAAGCAGAGAGAUUGACUCUGUGAUGGGUCAGUUCUUCUCUGGGUGUUCAGGGCAUUCCUUAAUUCUGUGUUUAAAUUCCUGGUAGACAUAACUUAAGGCUUCCUCCUUCCCACUGAUGUAGAUUUGACACUCACUAAGUCUCCCUUAGUUAAAACUAGGGAACCACUGGCUCUCUAGAACAGGCAUAGGCAAACUUGCCCCUUCAGAAGUUUUGGGACUACAACUCCCAUCAUCCCUGACCACUGGUCCUGUUAGCUAGGAAUGAUGGGAGUUGUAGUCCCAAAGCAUCUGGAAGGCCAAGUUUGCCUAUGCCUGCUCUAGAUGUUGCAGAACUACAACUCCCAUCAGCCCCAGCAAGCAUGUCCAGUGGCUUGGGCUUGAUGAAGCAAGGCUUCUUUUAUGUUCUGCUCACCUUCCUUACGGGACAGUCUGUUUCCCCUCCCUCUUUCAGUGUUUAGAAUCCAUUUCCCCAUUAGAUCUCGGAUUCUAGGGUUGAGUAUUUGACACACACACAACCUUUUGAAUUUCCUUGUCAGAGUAGCUAGCAAAAGCAGAGAACUGUUUUGCAAACAAAGGCACAUCCCUUCAUACCCUACCUUAAAACAGAGGUGAAGACCCUCUGGCACACAGGCCUAAUUAGGCCAGCAAGACCUCCCCAUAUGGGCCAUUGGUCUGCUUGGGUUAAACCAUGCCCACCUUCCCUGCACCUGACAGUCAGCUGGUGAGUGGCUCCUCCAAAUUGCUAUGCGUAGGGGUUAUUGUGAUUUCAAGUGAUUGACAGGUGAAUGGCCCCAUCCACCUGUCAAAGUUGGCCCAUUGGGAGUAGGAGAGGUAAGUAUUGGCGACCACUUCCCUUCAGUGAUAACCAUUUUUAUUUGCUUUUCUCAUUGCCCAUUUGGUGUACCGGAAUAUCCACAGUCUGCUUUGGACUAUGUAACUGUGUUGUUUCUCACCAUCUACUUUUUUAAAAAAAUUACGGCCUAUUUAAUAGAAUCCAUAGAACAGUUAUCUUUUUUCAGUUUGGUGUGUCCCUUCUCCAAGCUUUUUUGCAGUUUCAUUCCACCCCCACCCCCCACUUUACAUAACCUUGUGGAACCCCAUUUCAUUGUUAUAUCAGAUAAUCCACACAUGCACACACUUCUGUGUCUUGUUUAAUCGAUGGGAAAUAAAUAAGAAAGGCAUUAAUGCUGUUGAGUAACAGAUUCAAAAGGUGACAUAGGUUUUGGCAAGGUGUCCAGAGAGGGGAGGGGACAACCUAGGAAAUCAGAAAAAAGAAAAGGGUAAUUGGGCUUGAUAACUCAUGAUGCUUUUAGCAUUGAAGUCCUAACAGGAAAUAAGUGUUUUCCUUUUAUCUCCAAAUAGCUAAUCAGCGGGACAAGAGUUAUAGUGAGCUACUGGAAACAGGCCGGCAUAAAGCCGAAGAGAUGUUUGGACAUCAAAGCGGGAGAAAUAGGCUAGAAGGAUACCGAUUGAAGAAUGGGAGGAAGAAUUAUUCUAUUUCUCAAGGUGCAGAUGACCAUGAAGUUCUAAACCCAGAAGACCACAAAAGAAAUCAACUGAAAAAGUGGAUAGUGAAUGGGGAAAUAUGCAAAGAUAAAUCUGUAUUAAAUAGACAUUUCAGAACCCGCACAGGGCAGAUCCUAUAUAAAUGCACAGAAUGUGGAAAGAGCUUCAACAAGAGAGGAAACUUCAUUGUACAUCAAAGAACCCACACAGGGGAGAAACCUUUUAAAUGCAUGGAGUGUGGGAAAAACCUCAGUGAUAGGAGAAGUCUCAUUGUACAUCAAAGAAUCCACACAGGGGAGAAACCGUAUGAAUGCCUGGAGUGUGGAAAGAGCUUCAGUGACAGAAGAAGUCUUUUUGUACAUCAGAAAACCCACACAGGGGAGAAACCAUAUAAGUGCAUGGAGUGUGGAAAGAGCUUCACUGUGCAUCGUAGCCUUACUUCACAUCAAAGAACCCACACAGGGGAGAAACCAUAUCAGUGUAUGGAGUGUGGACACAGUUUUAUUGACAGAGGGUAUCUUGCUAGGCAUCAAAGAAGACACACAGGAGAGAAACCAUAUAAAUGUAUGGAAUGUGGAAAGAGCUUCCUUGAAAGGGGACAUCUUGCAAGGCAUCAAAGAAAUCACACAGGAGAGAAACCAUAUCAGUGCAUGGAGUGUGGAAAAAGCUUCAGUGAUUCACGAGCUUGUUCUAAGCAUCAAAGAACCCACACGGGGGAGAAGCCAUAUCAAUGCAAGGAGUGUGGAAAAAGCUUCACUCAUAGUGGAAGCCUUAAUGUACAUUUGAGAACCCACACAGGGGAGAAACCAUAUGAAUGUGUGGUAUGUAGAAAGACCUUCACUCAGAGAGAUCACCUUAUUUCACAUCAAAGAACCCACACAGGAGAGAAACCCUAUAAAUGCUUGGUGUGUGGAAAUACCUUCACUCAGAGGAGUAACCUUAUUUCACAUCAAAGAACACACACAGGGGAGAAACCAUAUCAAUGCAUGGAGUGUGAAAAGAGCUUUAGUGAUAGGAGAAGUCUUACUGUGCAUCAAAACACCCACACAGGGCAAAAACCACAUGAAUGCACGGAGUGUGAAAAGAGCUUCAGUGAUAGGAGAAGCCUUAUUGUACAUCAAAAAACUCACACAGGGGAAAAACCAUAUAAAUGUAUGGAGUGUGGAAAAGGUUUUUGUGAAAGAGUGUAUCUUGUUAGACAUGAAAGAAGGCACACAGGAGAGAAGCCGUAUGAAUGUUUGGUGUGCGCAAAGACCUUCACACAGAAAGGUCACCUUAUUUCACACCAGAGAACCCACACAGGAGAGAAACCCUAUAAAUGUUUGGUGUGUGGAAAGGCCUUCACUCAGAGAAGUAACCUUAUUUCACAUCAAAGAAUACACAUAAGUGAGAAACCAUAAAAAUACAUGGAAUGUCAGAACUCCAGCAAAAACAGAAACCUUACUAUAAUUCACAGAACCCACAUGAGGGAGAAACUUGUCCUAGUGCCAUUUUUCUUACCUAGUCGCCAACUUAGCUAGCACUCAGUCAGGAUCAGGGGUAUAGCUGGUAUAAAAGCAGGAUCCACAGCACUGAUUCCGGAAAGGCACUAAUGCCAUGGAAGACCAAUUAGUACCAGGAACUGGAAGAGAACCUGAAACUAUGCCAAAAGUUCCCAAUAGCAUUGAAGGAAUUGGACAUUUUUUAAAAAAAUAAAUCUUGUAUACAGUUCAGUUUGGAAAUUUGGAGUUGUAUCCAUCACUGCUCAUGCAAUGGGACCUCGCCUUCCUCUCCCCAACUGCUCCUAACAUCUAUUGUAGAAGCUCCCUCAAUCCUUUGGAGCAAAUCUUGAGAGAGCCCGGGGCAGAGAUGUGAAGUCCCAGAAAAGAACUUAGAAAUUGGGGGGACAUGACAUAGGGUUUUUUCCCUUAUUUUUCCCUGGUUUCCCCCAAUAUUUUGGAAACAAAUGUUGGGGUGGGGGGAGGGCGGAUUCCAGAGUUUAUACAGGCCUUCACAUCUCUAGCCUGGGAGUGGGGUUGCAAGGGAAGGGAGAGGGGAGUUCUGUUGCUUAAGUGGAACAGCAGCCUUGGGUUGUUAAUUUGCUUCCUGGAGUGAAAGAGUCAUAGCUCAGUGGAAUAGCACCUUGCAAGCAGAAGGACACAGGUUCAAUCCCUGACAUCUCAAGGGAGGGCCAGGAGAUACUUCUGCCUGAAAUCCCGUAAAACAGCUAUCAGUCAGUUUAAACAAUCUGUGCUGCAGGUGGAAUUCAAGCCUUGCACUUGAAGAAAUAGGAGAGCUACUAACCAGUUUAGAGAGAUGUGGGCUAGCUAAGUGUAUUUAUCCGGUUUUAUUUUCAGUACCCUUUUGCUCCUUUGAGAUAGUUUUGUAUGCACGUAACAAUUUAGAUGUUAAAACCUCUUUCUGAAGAGUCUCCUUUUUUUUGUUUUUUAAAGCAAAUGAAACCUAGCAGUUUCCCUGCCGGCUGUUUUGCUCACCCCAUGCUUAAAAGUUAAACCCCGCCCUAUGUAAAGGGUGUCCUCAAGAAGACCCAGGGGAGCUUAGGCUGUUUGGUAGAGAGGCAUCACAGAACAUUAAAGACUUCUACCUGGCAGCAGUGGAAAGGUCCCAGGAAAGGAGGGCCUCCCUUUCUCUCACUGGCCAGGUGGUAACUGGGCUCUGUGACAAGGGCUGCAGAAUGAAAACCUAUAGGCCAGCUGCUUCAGAAUGUCUUCUCCCUCAUCUUUCAGCCCGGACACUGAGGUCCAGCUCCGAGGAUCUUCUGGCGGUUCACUUCCUGCAAGAUAGGAGGUUACAGGGAAGCAGGCAGAGGGCCUUCUCGGUGGUGGUGUCUGCCCUUUGGAACACCCUCCCAUCAGAUGUCAAACAGAUAAACGACUAUCUGACUUUUAGAAGACAUCUGAAGGCAGCCCUGUUUAGGGAAGUUUUUAAUAUUUUAUAUUUAAUCGCUUUUUUAUUUUGUUGGAAACCCAGCCAGAUGGGCAGGGCAUAAUUAAUAAAUUACUAUAUUAUAACCUUGCAGGGUUUCGAAGUACACAAGGGACCCCCUUUGGCUUCAGACUAGACCUGAUUGGGUCAAGCCCUAGGCUCUGUGGGAAGCUUUCUUACAGCUACACUUCCACUCUUAUUAAUAAUAAUAAUUAUUAUUAUUUUUAUUUAUACCCCGCCCUCCCCAGCCAAGGCUGGGCUCAGGGCGGCUAACAAGCAAUAAUAAAAACAAGUUGAAUGAAUACAACUUAAAAACAAGAUUAAAAUACAAUAUUAAAAAUCAUCACAGGAGGAGAAAGAAAAAAGAAAGAGGGGGAGGGAAUCAAAUUGGCUCCAAGCCAAAGCGCCAGGCAGAACAGCUCUGUCUUACAGGCCCUGCGGGAAGAAAUCAGAUCCUGCAGGGCCCUGGUCUCAUGAGACAGAGCGUUCCACCAGGCCGGAGCCAGUGUUGAAAAGGCCCUGGCUCUGGUUGAAGCUAAUCUAACUUCCUUAGGGCCCGGGACCACUAGGGUGUUGCUAUUUAUGGACCUUAAGGCUCUCUGUAGGGCAUACUGGGAGAGGCGGUGCCGUAGAUACAAGGGUCCUAGGCCAUGAAGGGCUUUAAAGGUCAAAAGCAGCACCUUAAAUCUGACCCUGUACUCCACCAGGAGCCAGUGCAGUUGGAAAAGCACUGAAUGUCAGUUGGCAGGUGCAAGGUAGCUUAGGAUGCUGUGGCGGUCUGCCGCUUUGUAACGGAAAUAUAUCACCUCCCCAACACGAAAAAAUUUGACAGAAAAAUCCUGAAUCUAGGACGAUAUUCCCAUGUGAUGAUGGAGUCCUAUCACAUGACGCUGCUUGUCCAGCCUUGACUGUAUGUAACCAUUCUUAUGUUAAACCUUUCCCCCUAAGAACAGCCUUUUCUAAACUUACAGUAAAUCUUUGAACUUAAUUC